AUGCUAGCGAAAGUGCUGCGCAGUGCCGCCCAUAUGUCGCAGCCGAUCUCAAGUCAUGUGACGUCGGUAGUGGAACCGGUGAAGGACGGAACGGUGAAGGAGAAAGCAUUCAUAGCGGGCGGCACGAGUCAGACGGACGGCCUGCAGCAGAUUCAACUCUGCGAGAAUGAUGAGAAAAGAUUGCGAAUUGAGGCCAUAAAGAAUGAAAUACGCUCCGAAACGGUGAGCUACUAUGCAAUAUUCGCUCGUAUUUUGCUUCCUUCUAAAAAUAUCUCAUUUUUUCUUCUUGGCAGUUUUUCAUUAUCCGUUUUAUUGUGCUAUAGGAAUAAAUGCUUCCAUCUCUACAAUGUCAUCUGUUCUAAAUAUUUGUUUUUUUGUUCAUCAAAGUUCUGUUUAUAUCCUUCUAAGCUUGGAUUACUUAUCUUUCAAAUUGCUAUUAGGAAUUUUUCCAUCCCUCGAGCUCUUGCUUCUUUUUCUUGACA